CUUAAGGAAAAAUCAGUCGGAAAUUAUGACUAUGAAUGAGAUCAUUCUUCAGUAACAAACAUAACAAACGAUCCCAAAAGCUCAUCGGUGAAUUAAAAAACCAGAAUUAAAUGCAUCUAAGUAUUAAAUGCAUAAGUCAUGUCUGAUGAAAAUAACUGUUGUCAUUUUAAUAAAAUUUGCUAAUGCUGAACUUCAGGACCACAUCAUCUUAUGGGACGCUAGUAACUGGAGAUUCAAAGAUAACCAAAAUAACGUUUAUGUUAAUGAGGGCGAUAAUCUUAUAUUCAUAUGCCCAAAAAACAGGACAUUUUCCCAAAAUCUUUACUGGACUGAUGAUCCUCGUGUACAAAUGAAAUGCAAAGAAACAUUGCCUAUCAAAGUUAUUAAACUUUUGGAUUGUUUCGGCAAUAAUUCAGUCAGAGAAUUUGUCCUCAAGGUUAGUCGAUUUCCUGAAAUCGCAUCACUACCAAGUUUUCAUUACAACUUUCCCGUGCAUUUUGUAGCUCAAUCUGUUAUAUGCCAAAAUAACAACUUUCGUUUAAGUGUCAAACUAGCCGUAACAAGCAUGACAGCCAAUUCUGAAAACCUCAAUAAGCAGUUACAAUUUGGUAUUGACGAACAAGCAAGGAAUCAUUCCAGAAAAUCAGUUUCUGGACUAAAUACAUCUUUCUCCAAUCAUCUGCAAAAUGAACAGAAAAGUGUUGCUGAAAACGCUUCUUCUAGCAUACGUCGAAAUCAUGAAUUCAUAAGUAAAGAACGCAUAGUUUGGAAUGAAUAUCAGUUUCUACUCUUACCAGCUGCGUUAGCAUUUUUGACGCUGAUUGGUAUGCAAAUUGUCCUUUGCGGAUUUUGGUUGUCUAACUCAAUCACAAGCAAAUUUAUUCAGUGGUUUGGUAGGUGUGGGCAUUCAAAAAAGUUGAGGCCGGAAAUAAGUCACAAAAAUACGAGACGAAAACUUGUAGGGUUGAACAGAAAGAAUGAAGCUGAAGAAUCGCGUAAACUGUGUGAACUUAGCUCAGCUAAGUAUACAAUGAGCGGAAAACAAUGCUUCUGUUGGGUUACACCGGCUCCAUUAUCAAAAAACAACUCUCAAGUUAUGUGUACGAUAAAACAAAACUAUGCGAAUGCUAAUUGUCUAAGUAAUCUCAGUCCCUUAAAAGAUUAUGACAACAUAAACCAAAUUUUAAAUCAGAAACCUUAUGACUCCUGUCACCGAAAACACCAUUGUUACCAAUCACCGUUAUCACUAAAGUAUUUGGCCAAAAGUAACGAGUUAAAAAGGUGUUCAUUUACUCAAGCCAUUCCAGAUACUUCAACAGUUUUAUGUAACCAUUUAUAUCACUCGGCUGAUGUCACAUCUAUCGCCAGUCAGAGGUAUAUUGUACCUCUUUCAGUCUAUCCAAACUUACAAAUUCCUAAAACAGUACAGAUAAAUAUUCCAGGAUAUUCAGAACGAGUCUAAAAACCAGUUUUCGUUUUUUGUAUAUACUUACAUUUACCACUGCAAUGCAAACUGUUACAUUUUCAGAGGAAAAUAAAAUACUGCCUUCUGCUACCUGGAAAUUACUUUAGAGAACUCUCAUUUUAAGCAAAAACCGGGGUGGAAAUAACAUAAUGUGAAUACAUUCGACAACUAUCUCCAUAAUAUUUGUAAACUUUAUUAUUCUUCUUUUUUGUUUCCUCUUAUUAAACAUAAUCAAGAUGACACAGUACUAUGCCGGAAUGUACAUUUGUGAAGUCACUAUUUUUGGUGUAUCGUUUAUUUUUAUGUAGUUAAUAUUUUCUAGAAAAUCAAUAAAACUGACAGACAAGGAAAUUCUCUCAUUUUCUGUUAUUGCAUUUAUCGACG